UCGCCUCUCGCCAGUCGCCAUGAAGCAGGCAUAGACCGCGCAUGCUCGUGGUCUGUUUGCUAAUAACAUCACUGUACCUUGUUUCUCUUCCUAAUAAUUUUACAAAUUCCCAGCGAUAUGAAUAAUAUAAAGUGAUUUUUAUAUGUGAUUUAAAAUUGCUAUGAUGCAGCAGGUGUCACCGCGACCUCCAGAUGGAUACCGCGUGCGGCAAAGGACGCUAAGCGUGGAGCAGCUGACUCAAUUUGCAGCUCAGUUGCACAUCGCUCACCUCGCUGAGCUGAGACGACUACGGGAUUAUCGCCGACGUUUGGAUGAAGUUCAGCCGUAUCGGCCGCAACACACAGAUCAUCUGUUGAGAGUGAACAAUCGCCUAGAAGAGGGCUUGGCGCCGGCGACGUGGCGGCCCGUGGUGUUGCCGCGCAAUCUACAGGAACUCUUUGAUUCUGUGCCGAAGACGCCCCAGGUGAAAGCAGCGGAUAGUGCAGGCGUGUGGCGUGCGACGCGGGGCUGGGCGGCAGGCGCACUGUUGCUGCUUGCUGCUUUGUUUCUGCUGCGAGCGACCGACCGUUUCUUCACCCGGAACUACCUACGUUGGCGCCGAAGUCGGUCGGAAGAGUGGCCCACUCCUAACGUAUUAGCGACGAGUCAAGUGGAGACGCCGCCCGUGACGUUAGACUCUCCUUCGGAGGCGGUCGACGCCGACUUCCCUGAUGACCUGCCUCCACCCUACUCUGAAUGCUCUCGUAAACAUAGAUACGAGGAACCGCCUCCACCCUACUCCGCAUGCUACGUGGAAUUUACAAACCCGAAGGACGGUAUCCCAGCCGUCCACUUCUACAACAGCCGACGACAAAAUAUUUUUCGAGACUUGGAUGCGGGAACGUCUAGCAGUGAUACGGGUCAGCGUGAGGCUUCAAGAAGUGACGAAAGACAAAGUGAAGCGAGGGCAGAAUCACCGAAAGUGUUCAGCGACGCUUGAUGAUUAAUAUUAUCUUCAAACCCCUUUUGUAAAAGAUUAUUUAUUCUAGGAGUCGGGUAAUUUAAAAUAUGUGUAUUGUCACUUUAUCUUCAUUAAUUAGGUGGAUAAUACAAACUUUACCACCGAUCUUACAGUAGGUACCAAUACAGUCGAAUCUGAUCGUAUAAUUAAUAACAACUUGCAGUGAUCAAAAGCCACGAAUUUGGCGACUCUAUUGUAUAAGUAUAAUUUGAAAUGUUUCGAAAAAGGUGAUAAAAGUGGAAAUGUGAUUGUUGAUUUAAGAAGUACCAAUUAGGUACAAGUGGUCGGUAGGUAGUAUUAAAGUAGUAUUUUUGCUAGAAGUUAUUAUAAUUAUGUAAUUUAUAUUUGGUUUAAAGGAUGCCCGGAUACUGAUGCACAAAUAGUCAUUUAGUUCCAAUUACUAGUUUUGCAUUUUUUCCGUCGCAAAACAAUCUCACUUUUAAAUAUUUUAUAGCGAUAUUACAUUUCUUUACUUACCAAGAAUAAGUAUUCUAUAAAUUGAGUACAAUGUUUUGUGACAUUCGUUAAAUAAUUACUAACACUUGAAGUUAAUAGUUUGUAAACAUUCACAACUUUAUCGAGCAUAUGACUAGCUAGUGUUUAAUAUGUAGUACCCGUAAACCAAAGGAAGGAAGAAUUUAUAAAUACACAUUUAAUAUAAAACCGUUAUUUAAAUACACGCCGAACAAGUAAUUAGUGAUAUAGUCACGAUUUUCCGUUGUUUGUGUGGCAAUGGGGUCGAUAGGUAUUAAGUUAAUUAAUGAUCGUGUGAAAUAGGUACGGCUGAUAUGUGUCACAAAAACCAAGUGUUUUUAAAAAGUUUAAUAUGCUUUCAGACCAAAGAUUGAGUUGUAUGUACUUAUUAAUAAACACUUAACACUAUUAAUAAA